UGACAGAGCACGGGAGGGGGACGAGUGGCCACGGGAGGAUCUCAAAGAGAAGAGAAGACAAGAGGGGAUGGCCUGGAACCAAAGAAACGAUGGUCCAACAGCUGAAUGAAUGUGAACAAAUCCUGAGCUUUACUCAACAUACCUAAGACGGAGGGAAACAACCCCAAGCAAACCAAAGCCUUAAUCCAUACCAAAGCGUUAGCGAAGCUGCUCGGCCACCCGCGCUGUAUUCGGCGCCGUCCAAAAUGAAGGUGUUGGACAGCGCACAGGGAGACAUGAGCACUUGGCGGGAAGUGGACUUUGCUCUCAACUGUACCUACAUUGUACCGGAUCAGGUGUCGAACCCGAGUUUCAACCUGCCAAAAGCCAUGACUUCCAUCCCACGCAACCUAUCGUUCGAAUACGACAAAGAUGAGGUGAGAUCACUUUUACACAGCAAAACGGACACGCCUCCAAGCUUCAAAUACAAUGACAGAAUCAAGCACAAACGCACUAGAGUGACAGAACACCCACGACACGCGCCUCUGCCUCCGCCGCCGCCGUGCCCACUUGAGAAGCGCUGUUCCAAACGGAGUACAACACACUGCACGUUAGAACAGAAGGACACCGAGGAUACUUUACUGUACAUGGCAAUGAUUUAUAGCAACGGGCACCUGCAGAACUUCAUCGAUGGCUAUGACGUCCGCAGGAGCAACUGGAUGCGUUACGUCAACCCGGCGCGAUCGCUGAGCGAGCAGAACCUGGUGGCGUGCCAAAACGGCCGAGACAUCUACUUCUACACAAUUCGGCCCGUGGAGCCCAAACAGGAGCUGCUGGUGUGGUACAGCCAAGAGUUUGCCCAGAGGUUGUGCACUCAGCAGGAAAAUACCAAACACAAAAGCGCAAAUGCGGACGACGAGCUCGAGAACGCCCAACGGCACCUCGCUCGGCAGAUGUGGCCCACGGAGAUGACCAAGGAAGAAGUGAAAGAGGAGAGGAACGAUGAAGAAGUGGAUGUGGAGAUGUUGGGGAGAGACACCCCUCCGGAUACUCCUGAUGACCAAAUCAUGGACUUCAGCAAAAAGAUGGAAAAAGAGGAGAAGGUGGACAGGGAGCAGCAGGAUCCCGGUUUUGUUCCGUCGCCUCAGCUGGAACCGAGAGGGAUGAACACCCCCCACCUGGCAGAGCACCUCCCGGCACUGUCGUCCGAUCAACGGAAUCUGCCCCUUCACCUCCAUGGCCUCUACGGCCACAGGGAAGGCCUGGUGUCCUCCUACCCCCCGCUUUACCCUCAAUCCAGAGCCCUCCAGUCCACCUACCAGCUCCUUCCUCCCUUCACCUCGCACUAUCCUCGCCUCCUCCUCCCUUCCUACUCCCCUCCGUUUCCCGGAAUGCUGCCUUCUCGAGGAUCCGUCCGGUACAAUGGCUACCUGGGCACGGACGGGAUCCCGUACCCUCCCCUCAGCGCCCCCCAUCUCCUCCCAAUGACCCUGCCAUACCCUCCGUCCCACCAGGGUGGUCUGAAAGAACUCACCCCUAACGUGUCCCCACCAAGAGGCGCCCCGGCCACUCCCGAGCUCUCUCCCGUCCCCAAGCCGAUGAGCCGGCUCCCCUCACCUGAACGUACUUCCUCCGUCUGCGAGGAGGCGAUCAACCUCACCCUGGACAUCGCCAAAGGCAACUCGGGACUGCGCAAUCGCCCCGGCCACAAAUCUUUACCCUAUCCUCUGAAAAAGCAGAACGGAAAAAUCAAGUAUGAAUGUAACAUCUGCUCAAAGACUUUCGGACAGCUGUCCAAUCUUAAGGUUCACCUCCGAGUGCACAGCGGCGAGAGGCCUUUCCAGUGCAACUUGUGCAAAAAGAGUUUCACUCAGCUGGCUCAUCUACAGAAGCAUCACCUCGUUCAUACGGGGGAGAAGCCACAUGAGUGUCAGGUGUGUCAUAAGCGCUUCAGCAGCACCAGCAACUUGAAAACUCACCUUCGACUCCAUUCUGGGGAAAAACCUUACCAGUGCAAACUGUGCAGCAUCAAAUUCACUCAAUACAUCCACCUGAAGCUGCACCGCCGGCUACACAACAGCCGCGACCGCCCUUACCACUGCCAGCUGUGCUCCCAGGCCUUCUACCACCGUUUCUCCCUCCGCCUCCACCAACGCAGCCGCUGCCUGGCCAACUCCGACUCGGCCGUCGACGUGCACGUGACAGAAAUGCUGGAACGCUUCGAUGCCAGCCAGGAAGCCGACGCGCUGUCGGAAACGGCGUCGGCGCCGCAGCUGGAGGAGGCCGUGGAGCGGUGGCUCGCUCGCACCUUUGAAGGCGAGGGAAAGGAGGACCAGAAGGAGGCCAGCUUUCUGCUGAAAGCGCUCACCGCGGCGACGAACGCGCCCAUCGCACCGUCGGCGGCGCCCGUUUCCCGGCGCGGCGCUCCGGCGGCCUACCAGGAAAGAGCGAGCGUCGUCCACCUCCACACGCAUUCAUCAACGGUGAAACUGGAGGGUCAGUGAGACGCAACUGAAGCAACCCGUGACAGGGGCAAAGGAGAUUUAAAGAUGUAAAGCACCACUAAUAGAGAAACCAAUGUCGCCAAAAGUAGCCUCUGUUUUUGACUGAAGAAGAGAAACACAGCGGGAUUUUGUUUUUGUAUUUUGUAUGUCUAUUUUGCAGCACCAAAAUAAGAGCAUUCCAAAGACUCCACUCAGUGAUAUUUUUUCAGACAUGAUAAAGAUUGUGUUUCCUUCCGACAAAUAAUCCCAAAAAGAAAAUUGGAGGGUUUUGUCCAACUGUGAAGUCAAUUUCUUCUACUCAGGUAGUUUUUGAAUGUGUGUUUGUGUGGGCGAGUGCGUGUGUGGGUGUUAAUUUAUGUUUUUCUUUAUUUAUUUAGCUGUUCAUUUUAUUUUUGGUAGACCUUAAAACAACUCAGGAAUGAUGUCGUAGUUCGUCACGCUUGCUUUACUUUGUGUUUGUUCUGCGUGCUGUUUGUCCAGGUGGUUAAUUUAUUUAUUUAUAAUUGAACCAGGUUAAAAAAAAAAAAAAUCAAAAUUCUCAUCGAAAUGAGCAUCUGCCAAAACAUCUGGAAUCGUUACACCAUACCGAAUCGCUUGACAAAAAAAAAAAAAAAAAACGAAAUCCAGCCGAAAAUUGUGACAUCUGCGGAUGCACUGAUUUCUUCAUGUUGACUAUAAAAGUGAAAAAAACCAAAACCUGCAGUUUAUCAUCAGCACAGACAGCAGAAAAAAAAGACCAAAAAAAGACCAAUUGGCUUUCGGCGUUUGAUAUAAUUUUCUAGGUUUCUUUUUUUUUUUUUUGUACGAGGUUUCACUCUGUAGGGUUUUGGUUUUUUUUUCGAACAGGUUUGAGAUUGUAAGAAUUUAUAAGUGAGAGACUAUUUUGAUUGUACUUUUAUAUGGUAGCGUAAUAAAGAUAUUGUUUCUACAGUA